AUGGUUCUGAUCCCUGCUCUAAUGGGGUACGCCGAGACAGCCAUCUUCUCCGCCUUGAGAGUAUUCGCGAUAACGGAUCGUAAUCGCGUCUUGUCGCUCUCUGUCUUGAUUCUGAUUUCGGGCCCAGUCGUGGUCUACUCCUACGUAAUUGUUAUCCAUGGAGUACCCCUGCCCUUCAUAGGUCCACAACCGGUGAUAUGCAUACCGAAGACACUCAUCGGAGACAAGCUCGUUCUAAUUCGAAUACCGGCGAUCGUGGGAGAGUCUAUCGCCGUCUUAGUGACAUGGAAGAACGUCUACCAUCGGGAUCAGGCCCUCGCCAACGUUCGGGGUUCUGCCUCGCUCACGCAAACCCUUCUCCGCAACGGAAUUGCCUACUUCGUAGCCAUGAUUAUCAUCAACAUCGCCGAGAUAUUGGUUAUCAGCAAUGGACAGCAGACAACGGCCUUCGCGGGCCCGUUCUUGGACGUGCUACCGCCCAUCCUUAUAUGCCGAUUCAUCAUGAACCUGCGCCGCUCGUCCGUCUGCUCGGGCCGCGCCAGAGAUUUGGAGCCCGGACCCCACUCCUCGGGCGCGACACAGACGGUAUCGCUCGUGCUCCAGAACUUCAGCCAGAGGCUCGAGGAGCUCGGACACCCGCUCGACGUUGGCGAAGGCCAUGCGCGCGGCAGAUCGCCAACUGGCGAGAUGAGCGGCGGCCAGCAUGUGCUGUCAGACUCUGUGGCAGGGGAUUGUACAGGUGAGAAUGAUAUCACCGUUGCGGAGUACGCGCGUCUGGGAUGGACUGUCGUUGUUGACGAUGCUGAUUGCGAUCCAGACUAG